AUGACCACCCGGGCCCCGGCCUCGAAGAGCGCAGAGUUCGGCGACUAUCCCUUUCUCACGGCCGACGAGUUCACCGAGGUCUGCAACCAGCUCGACCGCAUCUACCGCCAUGCCACACUAGGUCCACUCCGGCGUCGAUGGCGUCUUUCUGCCUGCACUGCCUUCAAUACCAGCUCGUAUGCUGCCGGCAGCGAGUACACCACGUACCUCCAGAUCACCCGCCCGCUGGAUGAGGAUGCUGCUGCUGCCCUGGACGACAGCGACCUCUCCAGCCAGCUCGACCGGUUUUCUCUGGGGACGCUGGCCGUCAGCAGCGCCGAUGUCGAUGUGGAAGAGGACCAGGCCAUGGCCGAAGACGACGAGGCCGACCAGGUGAGCAGGCAGUACAAGAGACGCACGGGCCGCACAAGCACGUUCGCUCACACGACACAGGCUGUGCUGCGCAAGCAGCCGCCCGCGACCCGGCCGGCGGACGUGGGCUUUGUGACCUACGAGAUCCACCUCCAUCCGACCUACAGGGCACCGUGUCUCUGGUUCUCUCUGCACGGACUGCCCGAGUACGAGCCCGCCUUCAGCAUCGACACCGUCUUCCGGCGACUCGUGCCUGACUCGUUCAAGGACGGCCUCCGUGUUGCUGGCAGCAUCGGUGGCAUCUCUGCAGACUACCAUCCCAUCACCGGAGUCCCGUCGUUCUUCGUCCACCCCUGUCUUCUCGGUGAGGCCAUGUCGGGAUUUGAUUGUUCCAAAAGCUCCUACCUCAUGGUCUGGAUCGGUCUGGUCGGUGGGUGUGUAGGCCUCUGGGUUCCCAAGGAACUGGCCCUGAUCCAAGACUGCUUUGAGACCUAG